UUUUAUGCCUUACACAGAUGCUUUCUAUCCAGCUUUCCCCAUCCUAGACUAGGUAGAAAAGCAAGCAACUGUGGGAAAGUCCCCCAAAAGGGAGAGGGCGUGACUCAAGAAAGAGACUGUACAAAAAAAGGAAGAAGAAAUAAAGAAAAAGAAAUAAGAAAUAAGGAAGAACAAAUGAGGAGGGUCAAGUUUAGGCACAGACGAAUCUGCUGCUUUCGCACUCUCUCUAGAGCUCCACAGACUGGGAAAGACAGUAUGUUUAGAUUCAUGUCUAAAUUUAAACCCUGAUUGCUUUGCCUCCCUGCUUUCCCCACCCUCUCUUCCUCUCCUCCACCCUCCCCUCCUUCCUUGUUCUCUAGUGCAGGCCUCUUUGGUCUGAUAGUUUUUAAGCUGAGCAGGGGCUUGGAUAUUAUACUCACAAGCAGCUUUUCACCCUUGCUUCCUUCAGAGCCUUUGUAUUUGCAGACAGAAGAGGGAUAGUGGACAGAGGAAGGGGAUGGGGGAGCAAAUAUUGCACAAGGACAUCCCACACCUGCCUAGCAGAGAGGACAAGCCAUCAGAGACCGAUGUGGUGAUACAGAAGACUGCAUCUCUAUCCGUGGCACAACUAGCAGGGAAAUUCCAAGAUCAACCAUCUCUUUCUGGAAAGGAGACACCAGCCAAUAAGCCAACUCGCCGAAAACCACCAUGUACCCUCUCUCUCCAUACACACAAGACAGAACAUGGCCAGAAUGGUAACCUUAAGCCUUCUCCAAAUACUUCUCAUCCUCCAAAGGUAAAGGUAAAAAGCUCUCCCAUGAUUGAAAAACUUCAGGCUAAUCUGGCAUUUGGUCCGGCUUCAUUACUGCCAGGGACUUCUCCUAAAAGUCCUGGCCUGAAAGCAAUGGUUUCUCCAUUUAACAGCCCACCCACUACUCCCAGUAGUCCACAAAUUCAGUCUCAGGCAAAUGAAUCAAAAGAGACGCCAGUUAGCUUUGAUCAACCACCAGAGGGCACUCAUCUUCAGUGUUAUAAUAAGGUGCGAACACGAGGAUCAUUGAAACGCAGGCCUCCCUCUAGAAGAUUUCGAAAGUCACAGUCAGAGUGUGGUGACGAAGAUUUAGGGGUGAUGGUUUCACCUCAGGAAAAUGGUGCCAAAGAAGAGGAGGAGGAUGGUGUGUUCAUGGACAAGAGUAGGUCUGUGAAACCAGUCUCUUGUACUGUAGAUGGAGUAGACUACAAUGUGAAACAAAACAUGAACACAACUGAUAAAACCCCCUUACCAUGUCAGAAAUCUAGAAGAACAGAAAAUAAAGAAAGAGAGAUGGGAACAGAAAAAGGGACAUUAGAUAAGCACAGGAAAGAAGAGAAGCCACACCAGAACCUUGCAGAGGAAAACCCGCAUGAGAACUCUGAGGAAGACAAGGAAAGAAAUCCAAGUAGCAGCACUGCAGAGGAUACAGAGGGAAAGUCACGCAAGAGCACUUUGCUAGACAGGAAGGAUGAUAAUGUUUCUGAACAGGAAAAUAAAGAUAAAGGAGAGAGAGGGGGUCACUUCUGUGAGAGUGAUCACACACAGCAGAGAUCAGACACUCAGGAUGCUGGGACGCCACAGCCUGCAGAAGACACAGAAGUUGUUGCAAGCACCAGUGUGUGAUAACACAAGAACUGGCUGUACGCUGAAUGGGGACACUGAGAGGGUUAGGAUUCCAAGCACAGUGUUUGCUUUUAAAUGACCUCAAGCUGUUUUUUAUAUGGAAAUCCCAAGAAUGCCAGUAUUAUGCUUUUCCUUUUUGCAGUUCUUGGGCUCUUUACUGUAGCAAAACUGGUCCACUUGGAUGGAAGACAGCCUGAUACAGACAAUGAUAGUCUUCUCAAGCUGGUGAUUCUCCAAAAUAAUGAUGAAGAAACGUCUUUUCUGUCGGUUACCAAAAGCAACAGCUGCUGAGACAUCACAUUUUGCUCUUCUGUCCAGCUCUAAUAAUAACAGCAUUUUUCAAGAGGAAAGAACUCUAAUGCAUAUUAAUUACAUUUUUUUAUUAAAAUGGACAUUUCCAAACCUCUUGUGGGUUGCCUACUAUAACUCCACAGCAUGCAUAUCAAUUAUACACAGUCACCCACAGAACCAUGCAAAUCCAUCCUUUUGGGUUUAGUUAGGGACUAUGGAAUAAUUUACAUGUGUGGUAAAGGAAGCUUUCUAUUUGGUCAGAGAAGAAUUAGACUCUUAUCCUUCAGCAAUUCUUGUUUCAGUGGGUGUGGAGUGGGCUGUGGGUGCUUCUGUACAUGAAGCUUAGAUUAACUCUGGAUUUCCCUUGACUGUUUAUAUGAUUGUCUGAUUGUUCUUUAUGUAGACUGGAGAGCCAUUUGAAAGGGAACUGUCCUUAUAGCCAAUGUAGGGUUUACAUUUGCUUUCUUUAUGAACUUGACUGAAGCAACAUCUGCUUUAAACCUGAUGUGCAGAAGAAAUCAUACCAUGCAAAAUACAGCCCUUCCAUUCAGGAAGCUAAUACUGGUAACUAUCUGAAUAUAAAAUUUAUAUAUUGUAUUAUUUUGUCAGUAACAAAUGGCAACAGCAUGUCAGCUGCUAAUAGUAGUAGGAAGUAAUGGCUGCCAUGUCAGAUGGUAGCAUGGGAGAAGUACCAUCACUAGAGGAAUAACAAAAACAUUCAAAUUGCUAUUGAUUAUCUCCAUGGAUUGCCAACUGCCUGGAGAAAAAAGUCUUGUCGCUUUAAUAGAGGCUUAAUAUCCACUAGGUGAUACCAUUAACCUCCAAGUCAUAGAAAACUUCACUGAUCACAGAUCAGGCCUUUAUUAAAAGGACAAUACAUUUUUCUCCAGCUCUAUUGGCAACCAUAUUAUAGAUAGAAACUUGACACAUUGCUGGGUUGGGAUGUUAGUACUAAACUGGAAGUGCAAAGAAAAGGGACCAUGUUGCAUUCGUUGUUUUUUUUUUCACAUUACAUAACAGCAUAAGUAUUUUUGGACGAUGGCGUGAAAGACAAUCUAGAUUAUGUCCAGCAGGGUCUCCUGAUCCUGGGGCAUUUCAAACAAGGCGAAGAUGGCAAGGACCCAGCAUUCAGACAUACUGUUUCUGAACAUAGAAAUUUUUAUAGCUGUUCCAGAUAAUAGCCAUCUGUGUACUUAUUAUUUUAUCAGCCCCUUUCCUUUUAAAGUAAUCAAUGCUAAUGGCUAUCACAGCAUUCUGCAACAAUGAACUGUGCGAUGAACUGUGCAAAAAAAUGACCUCUUUUGUUUGUCCUGAUAGAGUUGUAUGAUAUGGCCAAGACUGUUUUUAGAUGCAGAAUAAUUUCUAUGUAUUGUUAUUUGGAUAUCAUUAUAAAAACCAAAGAUUCAGUUUA